AAGAGGUAGAGUUACAGGUAUACAGUGAAUAGUGAAUAUUUAAGUAAUGUUCGAAUCCAGAUUAUGAGAAGAACAGAAUAUUAUAAUUAAUAUUACAGUAAGUUAUAUGAAUGUGAUGUGGUCACUCCCUGAACACUCGCGCUACAGCGACUCUCACUUCUCACUGCUAAUCUGAGAGAACGACGCCUCCUGUAGACCCUCUUAUCAGCUCCACCACCUUAUCACCCCUCCACCCCACCCAGCAGCUCCUCUCCACCCGGAAACACUAAAACACCACCGCUAAAACACUGCCACUACUGCUCUGAAUCAGCGCACCGGGUGUAUGUAGUGUGUACGAAGUGAGGGUAUGUAUUUUAGCGCAUUUGCUUUUGUAUAAAAGUGUUAAAGAGAGGUAUAGACUGAUCAGUAUAGACUGUAUAGGCUGAGGGGUAUAGACUAAUCAGUAUAGAAUGAUGGGUAUAGGCUAAAGGUACAGACUAAAGUUAUAGACUGCAGGGAAUAGACUGGUCGGUAUAGACUGAUCACUAUAGGCUGAGUGGUAUCAGUACAGGCUGAGGGUUAUAUACUGAGGGUUAUAGACUGAAGGUUAUAGACUGAAGUUUAUAGACUAAUCGGUAUAGGCUGAGAGGUGUAGACUCAUCAGUAUAGGCGGAGAGCUACAGGCUGAGAGGUAUGAUUAUAUAUGGUGAGCAGUAUAGACUGAUUAGUAUAGACUGAGGGGGUAUAGACUGAGGGGGUAUAGACUGAGGGGGUAUAGACUGAGGGGGUAUAGACUGAGGGGGUAUAGACUGAGGGGGUAUAGACUGAGGGGGUAUAGACUUAAUAGGUAUAGACUGAGGCGUAUAAGCUAAUCAGUAUAGACUGAGGACGUAUAGACUGAGCGUGCUCAGAUGGCGGAGGCGGAAGGUGAGGUGGUUGACGAGGUGGUUCUGGAUCAGCCUCGAGGAAUCCUCAGCACUCUGUUCUACAGGAAGUCGAAGGGGAAGCCGAACGGGAAGAAGCCGGUGGCGGCGGUGGUGGAGGAGAAGAAGCAGUAUCUGGAGCCGGACUGCACUAAAGUCAGGGUCGUGGAUUUCGAUCUGAAAGAGCUGGUGGUUCUGCCGCCUGAAAUCGACCUCAACGAAUGGCUCGCCAGCAACACCACGACAUUCUUUAACCUCAUUAAUCUGCAGUACAGCACCGUGUCGGAGUUCUGCACCGGAGACACCUGUCCCGUCAUGUCGGCCUGUAACACGACGUAUUUCUGGUACGAUGAGAAGGGGAAGAAGACGAAGUGCACGGCGCCGCAGUACGUCGACUUCGUAAUGAGUUCAGUACAGAAACUCGUCACUGAUGAAGAUAUCUUCCCCACCAAAUACGGUAAGGAGUUCCCCAACGCCUUCGACUCGCUGGUGAAGAAGAUCUGCAGAUACCUGUUCCACGUCCUGGCCCACAUCUACUGGUCCCACUACAAGGAGACGGUGGCGAUGGACCUGCACGGACACUUAAACACCCUCUACACACAUUUCAUCGUUUUUAUAAGGGAAUUCAAUCUGAUGGACCCCAAGGAGACGUCCAUAAUGGACGACCUGACGGAAGCCCUGUGCACCCCCCUGCCCCCCACGCCACAGAACCACGUCACCGAGAGAUGAGGCCACACCCCCAAGCCGGUCCCGCCCAGCCGGAGUCCCCCGCCGCCCCCGGGGGAGGGGAGGAGGACUGCAGCCGGCAGCGCCCCCUGCUGGUGCUCCUGGAGAAACUCGCAGCCCCUCCGCCGCCACCUCCACCCGCUGUCUCUCCACUUUAGGACCCGGUCAGUCGGGAGCGGCGGGUCAGCCAGGCCUGCAGGGGGCAGCAGCACAUGCUGAGAUUUCUACAAUUCCAGAUUUCCCCCCCGAGGAUGUCCUGUCUGUGAGCCUAGCCGCCUCCCUUUAACCAGGAAAACAGAUAAAAAUACACUUUUUCUUGCUUGUUUUUUCUUUUUUUGUUGCUUUCUUUCAUUCGCUCGGUCAGUUUCUUCCGAAGGCUGAUCGAUUUAUACUUUUGCGUCAAGUUAUACAACCUAGAGUUAACAUAGAGUUUACGAAGUUCCUGCACAAAAGGCCUGUGAUGUUUCUUGAGUGUAUAGUUGAUUUAAUCUGCAGUUGCACUAAAGCAACGAUAAAACUGAAUUUGGUGACAAAAAAAAGGGAAGAAACUGUGAAAAUUGGUGAAUACAGUGCUCAACGGACCAAUCACAUUGUUGUUGGAUUGCGUACUUAAAUUACGUUAAGCUGAAAAAUGUUAUGCUUAACUUUAACAGUUUUCAAUGGGAAAAACAUGCACACAGGGCUUUGGGGGAAUCUUGGCACGGCCAAUCACAAAGCAGAGCCAAAAUGUAGUAUUUGUAGAACCUGAUUUGGAAACUUGUAAAAUAAAAUCUGUUCUUGUAUUUUUAAUGUUGGAACUUGUAAACCUAUAUAUUUUUUCCCUUUUUACUGGCAUACAUAUUUAAAGUUGUGCUGCCUAAAUUUCACAUUUUGUUUUUAGGAUCAACAUAAAAAUUUUACAUUCAAGUUAAUUUUUUUAAUUUUAAAAGUUCUCACGUUAAAUCUACAAGUACAAGUUUCUGAUUUCGAGUUCUCAUGUUAAAACUACGAGUACAAAUUGUACACAAGUUCUCACAAUAGAACUACAAGUUCAAAUUGAAAUGGUACAAGUUCUCACAUUAAAAUUAUGAGUUCAGAUUUGAGCUUACAAGUUCACACAUUAAAACUACAAGUACAAAUUUCAACUUGCAAGUUCUCAUGUUAAAACUACGAGCUCAAAUUAAAAUUGUACAUUUACUUACAUUUAAAGUACAAGUGCAAAUUUCAGCUUUUCAAGUUUUUAUGUUAAAUCUACAAGUACAAAUUUAUGUUAACAAGUUCUUAUCUUAAAAAGUGCAAAUUUUCGUAUAAAAGUUAAAGUCAAAUUUUUUUUGUAAUCGUAGGUUUAACAAGUUUCUCAUUUUGGUCUGUGUCACUACUUAUAGGACACCAUUCAAUAGUUACAUUUCAGGGAAGAUGCGCGCUAUUUUUACGUCUGUUACGUAAAAAAAAUAUGUGGUUACGCCAAGAGUAUACGUAGUUACGAUGUAGAUUUGACGCAAAAUUAUAAAUCGACCUUUACACCCCUUCUCCCACCUCCAGUCCCUGCACUAUAAUCUAUGAAGAGUUUGGGUUCUAAAGACAGAUAUGGACACUUGCUGGUGUACGUUGGUGGUUUACGUUGUUUAUCUUACAUUUUUCGUCCACGUUGACGAAAACGAAGACAUUUAGCUCCUCCCCCCACCCCCUUUUUUUAGCGUGUUAAGAUAGCAGCACUGUUUUUUUGUGGUUUAAUACAGCCAAACUUUAGGCCAAAUCACUUUUUAGUCUCUUUAAUAAUAUAACGUUUUUUUCUUUUUUUUUUGCUGUUUUGUCCCCCCAUUUGUCCCAGAUUUGUCCCUCCCUCACACUGACCACUCCCCACCAACUGCUCUUAUUGUAUCCAGCAUAUCUGACAGAAUUACUGCACCUUUCGACCCUUUAUUUAACGUAACCUUAUUAAAUAAUCUUAAGCUCUAGAGAGACUGUACCGCCCCUCAGUGGCCACAAGGGGUCACAUGGUCAGGUCUGACGACUUCCUGCACUGGAGCCUCCUGCAGGCACUCAUACAUGGAUUGAUUUAGGGAGCCAAUCAGAAGGCUGCACUUCAUGGGGCGUUCCCUUCACAUGCAAACCCAGCUAACAUGAUCAUGUAGGGAAUGCAUUUUAUGGGGACUAAAUUGAAGUUGGGGGGCUCAGAACCCAUGCCCACCUGCGACAGGUAUGGGUAGUCCAGCUGUGAACCAUAAUCCAAAAUCAGGGUCAGUGAUAGGACCAGUAAAGGUUUAACAUGGGCUUUACUACCUAGGGUGUACACUCUACUUCUUGAGAACUACGUGGAACCUGUGGGAUUAGAGCCCAUGCCCUCCUCGGGCUAGCUAGUAUGGGUAGUCCAAUUGAGAACCAUAAUCAGUGUCAGUGAAGGGACUAGGGAUGAUUAAAUUUGGGAUUUAUCUAGGUUGUAAACUCCACUGCUUGAGGACUAGAUGGAACCUGUGAGUUUAAAUCCCAUGACCACCUGGGACUAUUGUCUCAGGUGGGUAGUCCAAAUGAGAACCAGAACCAAGGUCAGUAAUAAUGCCAGGAGUGGUUUAAAUAUGGGCUCUAUCUGGGUUGUACACUGCACAGUUUGGGGACUGGAUGGAACCUGUGGGCUUAGAGACCAUGCCCACCUGAGAUUAGUAUGGGAAGUUCAACCAGGAACCAAAACCAGGGUCAGUGAUAGGACCAGGGAUAGGUAAAUAUGGGAUCUUUCUGGGUUGUUUACACUACUGUAUGGGGACUAGGUGGAAGUUAGGGCUUAAAACUCAUGCCCACCUGCGACAGGUAUGGGUAGCCCAGGUGCAAAACAGAACUAGAGUAUGUGAUGGGACCACAAGGGGUUAAACAUAGGUUCUAUCUGGGUUGUACACUGCACUGUUUGGGGACUAGAUGGAAGUUGCUUAGAGCCCAUGUCCACCUGACAACUAGUAGUAUGGGUAGUCCAAAUAUGUACCAGACCAGGGUCAGUGAUGGGACUAGAAAUGGUUAAAUUUGGGUUCUAUCUGGGUUGUAUACACCACUGUAUGGAGACUAAGAUGGACAUUGGGGGCUUAAAACCCAUGCCCACCUGGGACUAGUGUGGGUAGCCCGACUGGAAACCUGAACCAGGGUCAGUAAUAGGACCAGAAGGGUUAAAUAUGACCUCUACUUGGGUUGAAACACCACACUGGACUAGAUAAAAGUUGUGGGCUUAGAGCCCACGCCCACCUGGAACCCAUAUGACCCCCACACGAUCAUGUUAGCUGGGUAAAAACGACGACAAAGACAAAAGCUCGUAAUUUUGUCUGCUUAAUGAUUGAAUGCUGUUUGUUCUCUCGGGCGGAAGAUAAAAAGCCCAGGCUAGUAAAGCCCCCCUAGCGUAGCGGUCCAGUCAAGGUACAUCCCAGAUUUAGUGGGAUUAAAAAUCUAAAAUAAAUUAAUACAUUUAAAAAAAAGAAAGUGCAAAUUUAUGACCACGUUUUAGACCCACUGUUAGAAAUAAAGUAGUAGACUUAUGGAUUAUUGAGAAUAAAAUUAAGAAGUCGUACAAUAUGGCAUUUAGGGAAUAAAGUAGGUACAUUUUGAGACUUAUGUUGUAAUAAAAAAAAAUAUAUAUAUAUAUAUAUUGAGUAUUAAGUUUCAAGAAAACUUUUGUUGAAAGGUUUCAAUAAUAAAAUCAAUGUGAUUUAAGGAAAAAGUAAUUUUGAGAAUUUGAGCAUUGAGCGUUUGUCAUAUUUUGAAAAUAAAGUUGCAAAUUAAGUAUAAAAUUUGAAUAUUUCAUGAAUAAAGACACAAUAUAAUGUGGUGGUGGUAAUUUUACUUUACUUUUAAAAUUAAGUAAAAUAAAAAAAAAAACCUUUUUGACUAUUUUUUAAACAAUUCAACAAUUUAAUUCUAAAAAGGCACUAUGUUUUGUUUGAAUUUUAAGAAUAUUGUAAUAUUUAGACAAUUAAGUAGAAAUAUUUUGAGAAAAAAGGGUUCUCAAAAUUUUUCAAUAAUAGGGUUAAAACUUUUUAAGUUGACGUGACUUUAGAAAAAAAAAAAGAGAAUUAUGUCGUAAUUAAUAAGAAUAAAGUAGAAAUACUUUGAGAAUGCACUUGUCGAAAUGUUUCAAGAAUAAAAAAAGUCAUAUUUUUGAGAAUAAUGUUGCAUAUAAAAUACGGCAAUAUAAUGUGAUGGUAGUUUAGUCUAAGUUUUGACUUUAUUCUCAAAACAUUUUGAAUACAUUUUUUUUAAUAUUACAACAUAAAUCUCAAAAUAUUACGACUUUAUUCUCUAAAUAUUUCUACUUUAUUCUUUGAAUUCCACACUGUACAACUUUUUUCUCCAAAUAUUCUGACUUCACUAUUAUUAUGCCGUAACAUAUGAUUUUCUUUUUAUUUAAAAAAAAUUACCUUUAAAGUCUAAUUUAUCUAAUGUUUAUUUAUAAUUUUUUAACAGUGGGUCUAAAACGCUGUGGAAUAAAUAAUAAAUAAAUAUGAGGGAAUAGUAAAGCCGGGAUCGGACACUUUCUGAAACUUUUUAAAGUGGAGAAGAAUGUAAAUCUAGUGUUUAUGUAUUUAAACUGUUUAAGGCUUUUAUUUAGAGCGAGAGAACGAGUGAAAGAGAGAGAGAAAAGUGUAAUUUAGAAUGAAAAAUAGAAAGAAAGAGAUUAUAUAUUUUAAAUCCUCCCUUCAUCACUGUUCUGAGAGUUCUCUGAGGGUUCUCCUGUUAGAGGGUUGGAUGUUUUUCAUUUUAAUUUAUUUAUCUGUUUUUUGUUUAUUUGUUUUUUAGUUUUGGCAUAUUUUUAUUUUUAUUUUAGUUUUUUGUCUUUUCUUUUUCAGGGCUCCUCAGUUCUGGCUUUCAUUUUUAUGUAUUUUAAUAAUACUUAAGUUAAAAGCGAUUUAAUAUUUUAAGCUCUGCAAAUUAUAACCUAAUAAAAUAUUUUAAAUGUC